AUAAUCACGCCAUGAGGAGGCAAGGCAUGAGCAGGAAGAGAACGCCCUUACACCUCAUAUUCCUCGACAUCCUGCCAAACACUUGUUUCUGCCCAAAGUAACCCGAGCUCCACGGGUAGGCGACGCGCUGAUUAAAGGACCAGCCCACGGUAGUUCGCAUGCUCACGUGUGCCGUAAUAUCCCUGCCCCUUUUCAGCUUGUCCUUUUCUGUCGAAUGACAUCAUGCUGAGUGAUGAUGUCGGCAGCUGACAGAUGAGGGUUCCUUUUGCCGUCGUCCACCGAAGGUAACCUUGAAUUCUCUUUAAUAAGACACUUUGCUCGUCCGCUUUCUGCAAUUAUGGCGCUCUACGGCUGGCAUCCUGGCGAACAGUCCAUCCGGAAAAAAUUAGGCUUCGAUAAGGACGCUUCUCUCAAUUGGCUAUACACCUCCGUAGACGGUGAUCUACCACCUGAUCAUGGCGUUUUCUACGCGACUCGACUGCCCUUUCUACCUAUCACGACUCUGGAUUCUUUGGGACGACCAUGGGGGUCUAUCCUCGCUGGUCGAGAUGGCGAACCGGGGUUUAUCUCGUCGCCGAAGUAUACAACCCUAUCUUUCAACGUCAAAGUGUGGGACGGUGAUCCGUUCAUCACCAACGCGAGGGAUUCAGGGACGGACGAGAUGUUGAUGGCCGGUAUUGGUGUAGAGUUUUCGACGCGUUGGAGGAAUAAUUUUGCUGGGAAGAUCACGAAGAGGAAGGGGAAUGUCAACGGGUAUCAAUUUGAAGUUCAUGUCAAUGAGGCCAUAGGCAAUUGCCCAAAGUAUAUCCCUCUGAGAGACCUCGUGCCUUGCCAAGCCUUACCAACGCUGAUUUACGACAAGCGCCAUCUUCCAGAAGAUGAAGAGCUUCCUGAGUCUGUCAUAUCCUUCAUUCAGUCCUCCGACACGACCUUCUUCGGUACGACAUAUGCUGCAGCUGAGGAUAACGCGAGCCGAUUUCCCUCCCACGUCGGUAUGAAUAUCCGUGGUGGACGACCUGGGUUCAUUCGCGUCCGACCUUCAGACAAGCGUACCCUCGUCCUUCCCGACUUCUCCGGGAAUCGUAUCAUGACCUCCCUCGGGAACGUCGAAGCUACUCCACUUGCCUCUCUCACUCUCAUCUCGUUCACCACAGGGGAUAUCCUUUAUGUGACCGGACGAGCACAAAAUCAUAUCGGACCGGACGCACAGAAGAUCAUGUUCCUUCAAGACCGACUGACAACCAUCUACGUUACAGGGUGCAUAUUCGUACGGGAUGCUCUCCCUGUUCGACAGCGUCCAGGGACAUCUGUCCAACGUAGUCCGUACAGCCCGCCUGUACGCUAUCUCAUCGAAGAGUCAGCGCCCAUCCUCCGUUUUGACGACGAAUCGCCUGCAACAGCCGCACUGAAAAGCAUCAUCCUCCACAGUUCAACCAUCGCUACUUUUACUUGGCAAUCAUCUCGCGAACUGGAUAUCGUCCCCGGACAAGCCAUCAUUCUCGACUUCUCCGGGUUCAUCGGUCAUCCAGGGUACCAACAUAUGGCGCCUGGUAACCCAACGUCCGUCAACGAUGAUCGUAUUCGUACUUGGACGGUAUCUUCCACCCAUCUAGCGCCCACUCGUACAUUCUCGCUUACUUUGCGUGAGAAGCCCGGUGGUGCAGCGACAGGUGCACUGUUCUCUCUUGCGCGGAAGGUAGCAGAGGUUCGGCCUGCACUAUUGGAAGACCUGCUCCCAUUAUCGUUGACCGUCCCUAUUGUCGGCAUUACGGGGCAGUUUACUCUUCCUCGGGGUAAUUCUAAGCGGUUGGCGCUGUUCGCCGGUGGGAUCGGUGUGACACCGUUUUUGAGUAUGCUGGGUGGAACUAUUGGAGAUGGGUGGGAUGUGGUGCUUGUGUUAUCUACGAGAGAGCCUGCUGUUCUCCUUCCGUUGAUUGGUGAGAAGGAGAGCGUGGGAGUACGUCUUUUUAGUGGCGAAGUUGUCCCGAAAUCCGAGAACGUUACGAUGCAUCCAGGGCGUGUAACAUCUGGGUAUCUUGUUGAUCGUCAGGAGGAUUGGGUAGGGAGGGAUAUUUUUGUAUGUGGGCCAGACGGGUAUCGGGAGAGUGUUCUUGAGGGGCUAGCACUAGCUGGCGUUGAGAAAGAGCGGAUACGUAUUGAGGGAUUCGAGUAUUAGCAGUCCGCAGGCGUGUUCAAACAUUGAUUUCUUUAUACGUGUUAUUGAAAUUCGUUUGUUUCUCGUACAAAGGGACUGUAUACAACCUCU